AAAUAUAUAUCUGUGUUGUUGUACAUAUACAACUAUACAAGUAUUAAAUUUGUGUGUUUCCCCUGGCUUUGGCUGGCACCCAAUAUCCCAACUUCUAUUUCAUCAGUCAGUUGAUUCCUAACCCUUAGUCGAAAACGAGCUAGCGUUCUAACGACUCCUCAUCUUCAGUUAUUGUUAUUUUUUUAUUAUUUUUUUUUUUCCAUUUAUUCCUUACUAUCCUCUUUUCCUAACAACAAUAAUUUCCAUAAUUUAUUUAAACAAAUUAAGUAUUUUACAAAACCAAGAGGGUUGAUUAAAUAACACUAUCAAUUUAAUCUGUUGAAAGAUAAAAAUACAAUAUUUUUUUGUGAUUCAUUUUGGAGUAUAUUGGUCCAUUGCAGCUGAACAAAUUUAAUGUUAUAUUUUUGUACAGUUAUAUAUUAAUCUCCCUUUAUAUUUAUCAUAAAUACGCAAGCGCGUCAAUUUGACGCCAAGGGGUGGAUAACAAAAUACAUUGUUGGAAAUAAAAAAAAAAAAUUUAUAAAAAUCGAUAGUUGAAUGUGGCGUCUAAAAUAUACAACAUCUACUAAAAAUACUCAUAAUUUUAAUACAACAAAUUACUCCAAAUAUCAACAAUAAAAUAUUACAACAAUAAAAACAACAACAACAUCAACAAAAAUAAUCAGAGAUUAGUGAAGUUUUUUUUUUUUUUUAAAUUUAUCAAGAAAAACAAAGAGAACGUUUGACCGCGUGUGUGUGUGUACAUAGAAUAUACAUGUGCCGAUGUUGAAAAAGAGUGGGAGAGACAUGAUGAUGAUGACGACGAUUGUUGUGUUGUUGUGAAAAACUUGAAUCAGUGUGUUCUUUCGUGUAUUACUGAUAGCUUCAACGUUGCUCGCGUGUCAAAAUAAUAAUAAUAAUUAAACAAAAUUAAACAAAAAAAAGUAAAUAUUUAUAUAAAACAACUUGUUAAGUACUUGAAUUAAAUAUUAAUUAACAAUUAUAAUAUUUUUCAAGUGUUUUAAAAAUGUAUAAAGUUGAAAUGAAUUUUUAUUAUUUUAUUUAAUGUUGAGUGUUUGCAAGACGACUAUUACAUCAUGGAUAUAGUGUAAAAAAAAAAAUUAAUUAAAUUACAAAAAAAUAUACUUGACCUUUGUAUGGAAAUUUAUAUUUUUAUAUAUUAUUAUUAUUAUUAUUACUGAGUAAUCAUAAACAAUUAUUGAGGUAAAAAAAUUUAUUAGAAAAAAAAAAAAAAAAAAAACAUGGAACAUAGACCUGACAAUUUACUUGUGCCUGGUAAAACAGUGGAUAUUGCAACUUAUCAUUCGUCAUUUUAUUCACCACCACCAACUGAAGCAUCAAGAUCUGGCUAUGAUUCAAGCAGUGCUGAAGAUUCUGAAGGAGACUACAAUGUUCAAUCUUAUCAAAUCAAUACACAAAAUACAAAUGUCACAUCUUCGAGCAAUACAACAACAGCACCCCAAGGAAAACAUAUUAAUAAAGGCCGAUGGACAAAAGAUGAGGAUUCAUUAUUAAAGCAGCUGGUUGGUGGUGAAAAAAUUGGUACUGGACCAAGAUGGGAUACAGUGGCUUCACAUUUUCCUGAUCGAAGUGAUGUACAAUGUCAACAACGUUGGGCUAAAGUUGUCAAUCCUGAACUUGUAAAAGGUCCAUGGACAAAGGAGGAGGAUGAAAAAGUUGUUGAAUUAGUUGAACGUUAUGGACCAAAAAAAUGGACUCUAAUUGCAAGACAUUUAAAAGGAAGAAUUGGUAAACAAUGUCGUGAAAGAUGGCAUAAUCAUUUAAAUCCUGGAAUUAAAAAAACAGCAUGGACUGAUGCUGAGGAUAAAAUUAUUGUUGAUGCACACAGACGUGUUGGUAAUCAAUGGGCUAAAAUAGCAAAAUUAUUACCAGGUAGAACAGAUAAUGCUAUUAAAAAUCAUUGGAAUAGUACAAUGCGUCGUAAAUAUGAAACAGAAGAUGGAAGAAAUUCUGGUUCACGUGGUCGUGGUAGAAGAAAAGCAACAGAUUCAUUGCUUGUUAAAAAAGAGCCAUUAUUUAUUCAAGAUGAUUCUUCCUGUCAGGAUAAUAAUAUUAAUAAUAAAAUGAUCAUUAAGACUGAAGAUAGCCAAUCAACAAUUACUUCACAUAGUAUGGAUAUGGAUUCUUUGGAAUGGAGCAGUGGUUGGACACAGCAAUCACAUCAUCAUCAUCCACAUCAUCCUCAUCAACAACAACAAUCACUCCAGCAACAACAACAACAACAUCAUCAACAUUCAAUUUCUCAUCAUCAUCAUCAACAACAACAACAACAACAACAACACCAGCAUCAACAACAACACCACCAACACCAGCAUCAACAUCAACAUCAACAUCAACAUCAACAUCAACAACAGCAAACCAAUCAUUAUCAAAAUUUGAUGAGCAUGAGUGAACGCUCAAAUGAUGAUCGAGUUGAUUCACCACUCAGGCAAGAAAUUGAAACAAGACCUGAAAUAUCUCCAUUCUCAAAAUAUUUCAAUUUGGAAUUGAGUCAUGAAGCAAAUAGUUCAAAUGCAACAGACAUACGUUUAUUACCAAUGCCAGAUAUGGAAGAUGAUGAUGAUAAAAAUAAAACAGGACCACCACCAAUAUUACGUAGACGUCGUGGUUUAAUACAACAACAACUACAACAUCAACAUCAUCAACAACAACAACAUCAACAACAACAAAAUUCAAUACGUAAUGAUAAUAAUAAUGGAGAUAAUUAUUUAAUAUGUCAAAAUUCAAAUGAUUCAAAUGACGAUGAUGAUGAUGAUAUACCAGUGACACCAAUAAAACAAUUACCAUUUAGUCCAUCACAAUUUUUAAAUAGUCUUGCAAGUCCAGAACAAUCAUGGCCACGUGCUAGUACACCAAAAGGUAGUCCUGGUACAUUAACAACACCACAACCAUCUGGUUUACGUCGUAAUAAUUUUGAUGGUAAUACACCAAGAACACCAACACCAUUUAAAGAUGCAUUAGCUGAAUUUGAAAGACGUAGUGGUGCAACAGCACAAUUUCCAGCAACACCAAGUCGUUUAGAUGCACUUACUGAAAUAAUAAAACAAGAAACAGAUCGUGAAUGUAGUCUUGCUAGUAGUAGCAAUAAUAAUACAACAACAACAACAACAACAACAACAAAUAAUAGUAAUAAUAGUAGUAAUUUAUUACAAGAUUCUGGUUAUGGUACUGGUAGAAGACGUGGAAAAGAAAAUAGUGCACCAGGUGGUAAACGUGCACGUAAAGCACUUUGUCAAGCUUGGGCAAGUACUCAUGAUAGUGGUACUGAUAUGAGUUUUGCUGUUGAAACACCGAGUAAAAGUCUUGAUACAUCAGUAUUGUUUUCACCAGCAUCAUUAGCACUUGAGGACAGUUUUUUGGGAGCAGGACCAAGUCCAUUGAAGAAUUCCUACGAUUUAACGUCCACAUACCGGAAGCCCAAUGCAAAGAGAGCAAUAUCAUUCGAAGGUUUUGAGAGUCAAAAUUACAGUCCUGAUAUCAAACCAGCUAAACGCUCAAAGAUACAUCUUGAAGAUCAGUGGACUAUGGUUGCCUGUGGUGGAACACAAGAUCAACUUGAAAUGACACAUGCUGCACGUAAUUUUUUAAACAGUUAUGUAACCACAUUGCGACCACGCUCUCUCAAUUUUUAAAAAAACAAAAAACAAUAUAUAAAAUUUAAAUAAUAAAAUAAAUAAAAUUCAAUUAAAAAUCUUCGAUUGUGUAUAUGUGUGAUUGUGUGUAUUGUAUGUAUGUGUGGCUUGAUCGUUCUGUUAUUUUCGAACGAAUUUUCAACUAGUCUAGGCACGUUCAUUUGAACGUGUUUUUAAUAUACUCUUGCUUGAUCCUCAUUAAAAUAAUUGUUUAAUUAAUUUAAAUAAACUUAAAGUUAUAUAUUUUAAGUCAAUUUUUAAAUAUGAAAUUUAAAUUUAAUAAUACAAAGCUUAUUUGAGUCUUUAAAAAUAAAAAAGCAUCAUUUUCACAAAAAAAAAAAUAUUUACAACAAAUUACAUGAGUUUAUUGAGGAUCUAGUAUUUUUGAGAAAUAAUUAUUCAUUUAAAAUAAAAAACAAACAAAUAUAUAUUAGAUAAACUAAGAUUUUUUUUUUUCUUUUGUUUUUUUUUUUUCUAUUUAAGAAAAUGAAUUUGAAAAUGAAAAAAAAAAUGAAUAGUUAAUAGGUUGAUAACUGUAGCCGGUUAAUUUGAUAGAUAAUAUAUAAAUAAAUAUAUAUUAUUAAUAAAUAAUAAUAUAAAAACACUAUUGCGGCCGAUACGUACAAAGAGCCUUUGUAACUGGUAUUCAACUUAAAUUUUAAUACAAUAAAAAAAAUCGCACAAAGUAAAUUGAUUAAUUGGUUUUUAUUCUCUGAAAAUAAAUUGUUAAUUUUAUUAACAAAAUCAUAAGUAGUUUUGUUUCAAGUUUAAUUCAUAAAUUGAUAUGAGUAAUUAAAAAGUAUGGUCUUAUUUAUAAAUGAAAUUUACAUUAAACUUUAACACCAACAACGUAAUAUUCAAUGGCACAUGCAUUAAUUCCUUUGGCAAUUUUAAAAUAUCCAUUUUCUCCCCAGCUGGUGCCCCAAGAAUUAGCAGCAAUCUAAAAUUAAUUAAACAUAAAAUUAUUGACUGAAAAA